UACAUCAUUCCCGCGUUGGCGCUUUUUGAAAUCUGACUCGGCUCGCUCCUCAGCAACCAGCGGGGAAUAGAAGAUCCGUCGGCGGCGUCGAAACUGAGUGUAAUUAUAAGGCGGAUCAAUGGGACAAAAUCACAUGCCUUAUUGGUCAAAUAUUGUUGCUUUCCUGUGUCUUGGCAUUUCUGUAUAUGCAUUCUAUCCCCAAGAACUGCGUCUGCACCUUCUGGCUCCCUCAACUGAAAUCGCCUCUCUCAGAAGUGCAGUGAUCGCCUGUCUUUACAGUAUUUUCCAUAGGUUCAAAUGGCUCUUACUUCAUUAUGAUCAGGGACGGGGUGAGGUUAUAAUGGAACUUGUUCAUAUUUUUAGUGAAAGUGUGCUCGUCAUCUAUUUCGCUCACAUAGUGCAUUCUUAUGAUGUGGAAAAUUCAUCUGAUCUCCGUAGAGACAUGGAAAUUCUUGUGGGAACAGCUAUCUUAUUCAUUCACGUCGUCUUCUGUCUCAUUCUGCGCCUUUCCUGCUGCAGUUACGAGUUAUCAAGGAGAACGAUAGAAGUCUCAAUUGCCGUCUCUACAGUAUCUCAUCUUUGUAUGAAUCACAUGUCAAUGCUUUAGACUUACAUCUGUAUCACGCCUUGGGUGUUUUGGUUAGCCCGUGAACAGAGCGGAAAAUGUAAGGGUACAUUUAUAGCAUGUAAAUUUGCGAAGAGAAAAUCAAACAGCUCAAAAGUUGUGAUGAGUUGAUAAA